UUCUCCAGCCGCAGUGUGUGUGUGUGUUUGAUGAGGUGUGGAGGAAAGAGGAGAUGUGGUCCUUUUUCGCCAGGGAUCCUGUUAAAGACUUUGCUUAUGAAAUUCUGCCAGACAGCCAGGAGAAGUCUGGAAUAUGGAGUUUACACCGCGGGAAGCGAAAGACAAAUGGAGAGCCAGUGUCAGUGUUUGUGUACGAGGUAGCACAGGGCACAGAGCAGCAAACCCAGCUCGCCAAGGCUGCCUUCAAGCGUAUGAAGACCCUGCGUCACCCUAACAUCCUGGCUUAUGUGGAUGGAUUGGAGACAGAGAAGAGCUUGUACCUGGUUACGGAGCAGGUGACACCCCUGGCAGUCCACCUAAAGGCCCAGGCAGAGAAGGGCGGAUCGGGGGAACUGGAGGUCUCCUGGGGACUCCACCAGAUAGUGAAAGCUCUGAGUUUCCUGGUCAACGACUGCCACCUGCUUCAUAACAACUUGGGUGUAUCAGCAGUCUUUGUGGAUCGAGCUGGCGAGUGGAAGAUCGGAGCCCUCGAUCAUGUGGCACCUGAGCAGGGUGACCCAAGUGGGGUCCCACUCCCUACUCCCAAGGCUGUUUACCCAGACAUGGAAAAAUACGACCCACCAGAGAUGCCCAAUAGCAGCGGAGAGAAAUGGGCUGGAGAGGUUUGGCGGCUCGGCUGCCUGAUCUGGGAGGUGUUCAACGGGCCACUUCCUCGCACGUCCUCCCUUCGUUCGCUGGGAAAGAUUCCCAAGGCUCUGGUCCCUCAUUACUGUGAGCUGGUGGGCGCCAACCCUCGAGCCCGGCCCAACCCUGCCCGCUUCCUGCAGAACUGCAGGGCCCCAGGAGGAUUCCUCAGCAACAGCUUUGUAGAGAGCAACCUUUUUUUGGAGGAGAUACAGAUCAAAGACCCAGCUGAGAAACAGCAGUUCUUCCAAGAUCUGAGUGAAAAUCUGGACUCCUUCCCUGAAGACUUUUGUAAACACAAAGUCCUCCCUCAGCUGCUAACUGCCUUCGAGUUUGGCAACGCAGGCGCUGUAGUCCUCACACCGCUCUUCAAGGUGGGGAAGUUCCUGUCAGCAGAAGAGUACCAACAGAAGAUCAUCCCUGUUAUCGUGAAGAUGUUCUCCUCGACAGACAGAGCCAUGAGGAUACGACUGCUGCAGCAGAUGGAGCAGUUCAUUCAGUAUCUGAAUGAGGCAGCAGUCAAUUCCCAGAUUUUCCCUCACGUUGUUCACGGCUUCACAGACACCAACCCUGCCAUCAGAGAACAGACUGUUAAGUCCAUGUUGCUGUUAGCUCCCAAGCUGAAUGAGGCCAACUUGAACCAGGAGCUGAUGCGUCACUUCGCCCGGCUGCAGGCCCGAGACGAGCAAGGCCCAAUCCGGUGCAACACCACCGUCUGCCUGGGCAAGAUCGCCUCCUACCUCAACGCAGGGACUCGACAACGUGUACUGAUUUCUGCCUUCUCACGAGCCACUAAAGAUCCUUUCCCAGCUUCACGCUCCGCUGGUGUACUGGGCUUCGCUGCCACACACAACUUCUACAGCAUUACAGAGAUCGCCGCCCGCAUCCUGCCCACCCUCUGUGCCAUUACUGUUGACCCUGAUAAGGGCGUCAGGGACCAGGCAUUCAAAGCCAUCAAGAGUUUUCUUUCCAAGCUGGAGACAGUGUCAGAAGACCCCACCAAGCUGGCUGAUAUCGAGAAGGAUGUUGGGUCGUGUGCUCAGGCUCCAGGUGCCUCUUCCAGCUGGGCCGGCUGGGCCGUGACAGGCAUGUCCUCUAUAACUUCUAAGCUGAUCCGUAACGCUCCAGGAACAGAGGGGGGUGCAGGACCUGAGGGCAGCGAGCCCGCCAAUGCCACCAGCCCUACCAGUGCCACAGAUGGAGCACCUGCAACUGGUUCUGAAGAUAAAACUCCACAAGCUCCUGUCCCUCACCAUGCUGCCUCCAGUCGUGCCAACCAAUCACAGUCUCAUGAAGUAACGGGCGAUGAAGAUGAGCCAAUAGCAGACCGCUGGGAUGAAGAGGAGGACUGGGGAAGUUUGGAGGAUCCAGAGAAGGCUCACAAUGAUCCAGAUGACUGGAACACUGACUGGAUGGCAUCAUCCAAAAAGAAGGCCAGUGACAAAGGAGUGAGCCGGUCGUCGUCCUCCAUGGCGGUGAAGAAGCAGAGCGCUGACUGGAGCAGCUCAGGCUGGGACGCAGAUGACAGCUGGUCCAAUGAGAAGGAAGGGCAGGGUCAGAGCUCUGCGGGCGAGGAAGGCUGGGGCAACGACUGGGGGGACGAGGACACAGACACAACUUUGGCCAACACGACGGUCCCCCUGCCCGAAGGGGUGCGGUUAGCCAGCGAGUACAACUGGGACAGCAGCAGCUCAGCUGCCAAGGGGGCCGGUCAAAAUGAUCUGUUUGCCAGCGUGUCUCAGAGAAAUGCAGCCAGCGCCGCUGCCCCCACGACUGGAGAUGGCUGGGCUGCAGAGGCAACAGGAGACUGGGGAGCUGAGGAGAGCUGGGAGUCAGUAGAUGGGAACCAGGGUCUCAGCAAAGCCGAGCUGUCCAAGAAGAAACGUGAGGAGAGGAGGAAAGAGCUGGAGGCGAAAAGGGCAGAGCGCAAAGCUGCUAAAGGUCCUCUCAAACUGGGCGCACGCAAGCUGGACUGACGGGGAUGCUGAUACAGGUUUGAGGGUGGUGACGGAGGAACAUGGACCACAUCGACCGGACCCAGAGCAUCGGAGGAGGCCUGACAUUCCACAAUCAAAGGACUGGAAAGAAGUGUUUGCAGUGAAGAAAGUACUGUGAACUCUCUCAGCUCUUUCUACUUUCAGGAACUGACAGAUAGGUGAAAAAGCAACUAUCCAGUGCUUUUUGAAUGCAUUAUUGUGGAAGGUAGAGCUGAAUCAAACGGAGACAGAAAAGUGGAAAAGCGGCAGAGAGCAGCAGCCCUAGUUGAUCACACAAAAUGCCCCUCUCUGUUUAGUUUUUAUUUUUAAAACGCAUAACUCAUGAAGUUGCAGUUGUAAAGUAAAUGUAUAUAAAGAUGCAUCUUGUCUUAAAAUGACAAAAACAAAUGACACUUUUUUUUAAGAGCUGAGAAAUGUAUAAAACAGAAUUUCCGAAGCAAACGUAUUAUUAUUAUUAUACUGAAUGUUUUUCAGUGUACACACACACACACACACACACACACACACACAUACAGUGGAUAUGAAUGUUUUAGUUCAGCUGUCACUAACUUACAGAUUUAAAGACUUAAAAUCAAUCCAUGCAUGCACUCGUGUAUUUGUGUGGCCUGACAAAAGGUUUCAUGGCACAGAAUUUACUUUGCACAUUCAACACUGUAUUUUACUGAACAAGUGACACUUUGGACUGGUUCCAGGUCUAUAGACCCCCUUUUCCACCAAGCCAGUCCUGGCCGUUGCCCAAUUGCGAACCGGUCUGCCGUUGUUAUUAUACUUGCCGAGAGGGCGGAGACAUAUACAGACGUUAACAGUGACGAUGUGGCUCUAGAGCCUGUGGAAAAGCAAACAGGUUCAGUGCUGGUUCGCAAAUUGAACCAACUGAGAACUAGCACCGGCUCCGAACCGGCCCUGAAACUGCUUUGGUCGAAAAAGGGUCUAAAUGUUCCACAUGCACUGCAGACACAUGAUGGACAUAAGUAAUUUAAUUGAUGCUGGUAAACUGGUUUUAAGGGAAAAAUCAAUUUAUGUGUUUACAUGCCUUUUUCCUGCGUGUCCUAGUAGUGCUGUACUGGAGGGUUUAUGAAAUUAGUUUUAUUUUGAAAUCUUUUUUUAAGGUUCCUGUAUAAACCUGCAGAUCACACAGAAGCUUUACCCUUAAGUCAUUGUUGACAGCUAUGGGUGUGUUCAGGGUAAAAAGAGUUCCCUAUAAGUUCCUUUUACUCUUUUAUUCGUGCCUUUUAUUUUUUUAAAGCAGAUCUGCUCUGUAUGAUCACUUCCUACAACUCAACAGAAAGUUUUAACCUGAAGUGUCUUCCCACCAGCAGAUUCUGUGUUUUCAUCAAACCUUUCAGUGUGACCCCCCAUAUCUCCUGUCUGUGCUGGAUAUGGUGUUAGGUUUGGUGUUACUCGCCAUAUAAGAUGCUGUACAGACACAAUCAACAGGCAUCACCAUCGGAGCUGAAGUCCUGGUGUGGGGCGUUCAGGGGCCUGUUCCUUAAAGCGAGUUCAUCAAAGGCUCAUUUUGGUUUGACUUAUUAUCAGUGGAUUCAGUUUCAUAAAGCAAAUUCAACAUCGUCCAAGCUCAGUUACUUGGGGGUAAAAAUAUGCUGGGAACUAUGUUGAAUUUGCGCUAUGGAACCGGGUUAUUUGUUAAACUCACUUUAUGGAGCGGGCCCCUGGUCCUGUCAGGAACUGAGCUGUGUUCAGUUCAGGUGGACUGAGAAAGACUGGAUGCAACCUUAUUCUGAGAAUCCAAAUCAUGUAGCAUGUGAGCUGUUCAAAAAAUAAAUAUAA